CCCAAUAUAUUAGAACUAAGAGGCAUUGUUGUAGAUGUAAUAAAUAAAAAAUAAAUAAAAAGUUGUAAAUUAUUUCUGGAUUCAAAAUGUAUUAUUUUUAAUAUAGCCCAUUAUACGCCCAUGUAAGGGUUAAUUACUUACACAUAUUCCCCAAGAUUAUUAAGAGGUCAAAGAAAUUAUUUAUUUAUAUAUAUUAAAAUUAUAUUUAGUUGUAAUAUUAGCAUAAAUGUAUUUUUUACGUAACGUGAUGUAGGAGUUUAUGGCGGGAAACGAAUGCAGUUGAACGCUGGAUGGCGUACAAGAGUGGCAGUUAGGCAGUCGGUUGCAAUGAGGUCUUCAGAUUUGUUUUAAAUCACCUUAAAGCUUAUGUUUGUCUCUCUGUUACAUUUAAACUCUCAGUCAAAUUCAUUGAUAAUCGUUAUUGUCAAUUUUAUCAGGUAAGAGAUUCCGUGUGUUAGGCUUAUGUCAGUUACUAUUUAAUGACUUAACAAAUCUGCCUCAUUUAAGUUAUUCAAAUUCCAAAACCAUUAACGUUAACAGAGAUCUUAACGUUACAUUAUAUUUACAGCUCAUCAUUUUUGGAUUUUGACUGAUCAUCUGUCUCAAUCAUUAUGACUUGUGAACAGAAAUCGCGUCCUGUGCAGGUAACGUCAACGUUAAAUAUUAGUUUUCUUCUCAAUCAGCUCAUCGCUAAGUUGGUCGUAAGUUAACGUAGUUGUGUUUAACGUAGCGUGUCCAGACUUUAGCUAGCUUGUCCUUACGUUUAAAUUCAACAAGAUCUUACAAAAUGAAUAUGUUUUUGUGUGCUUUAAGAGCUGUCAGAUGCUACCAGACGUGGUGUCCAAUGAACAGCAAUCUCUGGUACUUGUGAAGAAACUUCUAGCCAUUGCCAUCUCCAGCAUCACUUACCUCAGGGGUCUUUUCUCAGAAAAGGCCUAUGGACGCAAAUACGUUGGAGAACUGAAAGUCUAUAUUCUGCGAGAAGAUAGCUGUCCUGGUGCUCAGCAGAUUGUCCACUGGUUGCAGGGAUGUUUUGAUGCACUUCAAAGAAGAUAUCUGCGCAUGGUUCUUCUGUCAAUUUACUGUGAUCCAGACAAUCCACAGAAAGUGACUGAAUGUUACCAGUUUAAAAUCAAGUACACAGAGAAAGGACCUCAGAUGGACUUUGAGAGCAAAAAUGGACAGAGCCUGACUAAAAUGGCCUGCGACAACACCCAGAAAUCCAGUAUGCUGCUUGUGCGCAAACUAUACAUGCUGAUGCAAAAUCUCGGCCCCCUGCCUGACGACGUCUGCCUUAACAUGAAACUCUUGUACUAUGAUGAGGUGACCCCUCAGGAGUAUCAGCCACCUGGCUUUAAGGAGGAUGACAACGGGACGCUGAUGUUUGAGAGAGAACCAGUAAACCUGACCAUGGGAGAGGUGGUGACACCUUUUCACAGCAUCAAAAUGAACGUCACCACUGAGAAAAAGAGAAUUGAACCUUUUGAAGAUGAUGUGGAAGUAUGUGUGAGUACAAAAUGGUCUUUGAAAAUAUCAGAGGAUGGGAUGAUGUCUGAGACUUCAGUUCAGCAGGAGUGUAUGACAAAGGAGAAUGUCAUCACUGAUGCUGGUAUUGAAUACUCAGAAACUCAGGAAACUCAGGAGCAGCCUCACAGACACACCAAGGAGGAUUUUUCAACAAAUCCAAAGAUGGACAAUCUGGUAAAGAAAACUGCUGAUCUGAAGGUGGAUGCCAGAAAGACCAGGAGUGGACGGAUCUUUGAGCCUCAGAUCUCUCAGCUAGAGUUCCCACUAAGCCAAGAUCCCCAACCAUCUGUCCCAAAGAGGCGCAAAGUCAGUGUACCCAAGUAACAUUGUUAACAUUGUGACUAGUGCACAAAAAAUUCUUCUAGCACACUUACACUGCAACUUAGUAGCAUGUGCCAUUUGAUAUGUUUUGACUCGAUUCGGUUGCAAAAAUGCAUUGUUAUACAGGGUUUAUGUUUUAAAUGCAUACAAUAACAUUAACAAUAACAAGUAUUUACUGUCUUUUUUGCAGUUAGGUAUUUAUUUUAGAGUUUUAUCAGAUAAGUUUGAAUUGUCAUAUAUUAAUAAAUGUUUGUAGCACUGCCAAAUGUUAGUCUCUGCAUUUACCAUGUAGAGAUUUAAUACGUCCACUAGAUGGCAGCAUGCACAUUGCCUUGGUUGAUAUUUAAACUGUUUAUUCCAAUAAAACAAUACAAUGUUUUCAGUAGA